AUGGUGUGCCUUUGGUUCCCCCCAGGCUCCUGGACAGUAAUUCUGCCAGUGAUACUGAUGGUGCUGAGCCCUCUCCUGGCUUGGGCUGGAAACACCCGAACACUCUUCAUGGUGCAGGGCAAGUCCGAGUGUCACUUCUCCAACGGCACGCGGCAGGUGCGCUUCCUGGACAGGUACAUCUACAACCGCGAGGAGCAGGAGCGCUUCGACAGCCUCGUGGGCGAGUACCGGGCGCAGACCGAGAUGGGGCGGCCGGCGGCCGAGCGCUGGAACCGCUGGCCCGACGCCCUGCAGCGGGCCCGCGCCGCCGUGCACGAUUUCUGCGCCAGCAACUACGAGUUCUUCGCAAGCUGCACGGUGCAGAGGAGAGUUGAGCCUACGGUGACUGUGUAUCCUGUAAAGAGUCGGCCUCUACAGCACCACAACCUCCUGGUCUGCUCUGUGAAUGGUUUCUACCCUGGCCACAUUGAAGUCAAGUGGUUCCGGAACGGCCAGGAAGAGGACUCUGGGGUGGUCUCCACAGGCCUGAUCCCUAAUGGAGACUGGACCUUCCAGAUCAUGGUGAUGCUUGAAAUAGUUCCUCAGGGUGGAGAGGUCUACACCUGCCACGUGGAGCACCCCAGCCGGACGAGCCCUGUCACAGCAGAAUGGAGGGCACAGGACGAAUCUUCACAAGAAAAGAUGCUGAGUGGAAUCGGGGCCUGUGUUCUGGGUCUGCUCUUCCUUGGGAUGGGGCUGCUCUUCUACAUCAGGAGGUCUCCUGAGCUGGAGCAGAGACCAUGA